AUGUCCGGAACGCCUUUCGUGAACGAUGUGGAGUUUGCAUCUCCGAAAUGGGAUCCGGUCCCCGAAGAUCCGGGAGCCUCGUCAUCAGCAUCGAUUUCGGCGCUUCAUAUACCAAGCCCCGACCCGAGUAGCACCUGCGUGCCCUCUACCGUCCUCCUCCGGACUAGCGGAUGGCCCUCCAAGUUCGGCUACGAGCUCGACCUGGGCUCUGCAUGGGAAAAAUUCACCGCCAUACCUCUCUACCUCCGCUCGCACCAGCAGACACCGUACACUGUCACCCUGCCCUUCUACUCCCCGAAAUUUCGCUGGAAUCCCAGGUACCUCGCCUGGGGGUUCCUGUUCUUGCUCCGGCGGCACGUUUUGGCCGAAAUCGAGGCUAAAUUCGCCGACAAAGCCUUCUUCCACUGUCACAAACAAGAAUAUGUCAUCUCUGUCCCCGCGCACUGGGAUGAAAAGUCGGUGCAAAUCCUGCAGGAGGCGGCCACCAUGGCGGGCCUCAGUUCGGUCGAGAUCGUGAGGGAUCCGGAAGCCGUCAUAAUGUACCGACUGACUAUGAUCAAGAGUAAAGGCUAUAGGGUGGGAGACGUCAUUACCGUCUGCGACGUUGGAGGCAGGACGACCAAUCUUUCCACAUAUGAGAUUCAAAGUCUGGAUCCACCCGCCAUGACCUCUUGCGCCGCGAGCCGCAUGGACAAGGCGGUACCUUACCAAGUGAGCAGGACGACAAUCUUCCACGGCCAGAAUCUCCGCUACUGCCGCCACGUCUUCCUCACAGGAGGAGCCAUCAUGUUAAAACUAGGCAUAGCCCCGAUCGCGAGACCGACCGUGGCCCCCGCAAGUUACGGCAUCAUGGUAUCCGCGCCUAUGGAUCCCGUCAGAGAUAACAAUAAGCCGUGGUAUGUCGACGUGCUCAGCCAAGAGCACCGCUGUAACAUCAUGGAGUGGUUCAUGUCCUACGUAAGUGAAAACGGAAGAUUCUAA